GAGGACGACAUUGACGACCUAGACAUGUCUGAGCUUGGCAACAAAGUGUGGCUAGUGAAGGUGCCCAAGUUCCUGGCCGACAAGUGGCGGGACGUCGACGGGUCGGGCCAGGAGAUCGGCAAAGUGCGUAUCUUUGACAAGCCCGACGCCAAAGGCAACAGCAUUUCGCUGAUUCUGCCCGAUACCGCCGAGAACAGCGAGAUCCCGAAGGACUACAACCUCCGCGUCGUCAACAACCAGGUCCAGAACAUGCUUAUAUUCUCCGAGCUGCGCGACCCCAAGGAGGUCCUGAAGCCCACAUCGACAUUGGCCAACAAGCCCGUGCCGACCGCCCUGACUGGCACAAUCCACCACGAAUGCACUGUGACGCCGACCUUCAACGAAAAGUACCAGGAUAUUAUGCGCCGCCGCACUGUCGAGGCCGGGAAGCCCGUGCGCUCUGUGCGCCUGCUGAGCGACCAGGGCCGCAAUACCAGCAUGUUCCGGCAGGGCGAAAACACCGAUUUCGUUACCGCCCACAAGAAGCCCACCGGCGAUAGCCGCAUGGCGCGCAUGGACCGCAAGGACCUGAUGGACCUGCUGUUCAGCGCCUUUGAGCGCUACCCAUACUGGUCCUUCAAGGGCCUGGUCGAGCAGACCAAGCAGCCUGCCGCCUUUCUGAAAGAGGUCCUGGCCGAUGUGGCCAUUCUGAACAAGCGCGGGCCCUACGCCGCCACCUACAGCAUCAAGCCAGAGUUC